AUCUAGCCCUCUCUCUCUCCCCUAGCUCUGCUCGCCCAUCAUUGAAACAUACCCAAAGCUCAACCACAGGCCAGCACCAGGCAAAGCAUAGACACCGAAACACAGAGAAAAUGGGUAACGCCAUGCCGUCGUGCUUGGUCGACCAGGGCACCAAGGCUCUGCUGCCGGCGACGAAGCCCAACCGGAGGAUGUACUCGCUCAACCUUCUCACGAAGGCCCUCCACAGGAUGAAGAAGACGCCGUGCGGCGACAGGGCGGCGCCCACGUCCAAGACUGUCAUCGGCAAGUCCCCGCCGGAAGCGGAGGUAGGAGGAGCGGGAGCGAAGAGCGUCUGCAAGGCCAGCUACGCCAAGGCUUCCCCGAGACAAGCGGCUGCGGCGGCGGCUCGCGGUGGCGGCCACAGGAAGGGCGUGGUGAGGGUGAAGGUGCUCCUGAGCAAGGAGGAGGCGGCGCGGCUGCUGUCGCUGACCGUCGGCGGACAGAAGAACGCGGCGCAGAUCGUGGCCGAGAUCAAGAGGAUGGAGGCCCGCCGCGCCGCCGCCAGUGCCGGGUGGCGCCCCGCGCUGGCGAGCAUCCCCGAGGAGUCGUCGUAGGAAGGAUGAUGGAUCGAUGCUGUACGCCUCUGGUCAUGUCACGUAUGUAUGUAUAGGACUGUAGGAACGUGUGAGUACUGUCGCUGGGUUGAGAGGCGAGCCGACGACAAUGCUAGCUCCCCCCUCCCAUGCAUCUUCCAUGAUCGGUGCUGGUGUGUGUAUAUAGCAGCUUCCCGUUUAUGAAGCUUCUCUUCUGCUCUCCCUGUUGUUCAUCGCGAUCGCUGAGAGAGAGAAAUGGAACAGGUUUUCGUCC